CUAUUUAAUUGAACAAUCUAUUAUACAACUUAUAAUAAAAUAUUAGAAUAAUUCAAACGAUCCUUUAGAAUAGCAGCAAGUCGGAAGUCAUAGCCAGUCAGAGUCAUAACUCGAAUUCUACAUCGGGGAUCAUUUCGCGAGGGGUAGAAAGAUGUAAGACAGGUAAGAGAGUGAAAAGAAGGGAGAGCUUACAUACACGCAGUAUGCUCUUGUAAAAAGGGCAAGGAAACGGUUCUUGUCGAUUGUUUGGUGUCUUUUGUAAGUAGUAGUCAGUUUGACAGCUGGUUCUUGCCGUGGUAGACUAAGGUGGGCUAAGGUGGGAAAUAGGAAGUGGGGUGGGAGGUCAAACCAGCAGUAGCAGCAGUUUACAGGUAUAAGAGUAAGUGGGGACGAGACCAAUCGUCUCUUUUCUCCCAUGGGAUUCUCACAUUUCCUAUUCGAAAUUCAGAAACGAUAGCACGAGCCACUAAACUUGUCUAACUUCGAUCCAGUCGCGUGUUACAGUUGAAAUACUUUUGAUCCAUCAUGUCUCAAUUUUUUACUUUAACUAGAAUUAGGUAAAAGAAUCGGACACGAUGAAUAGUAAAUAUGAUAUUAAUUAAUUAUUUGCUAGUGUAAAAGAAGAAAUGUUCGAUGAAAAUUAAAACAUCGGAGUGAUCUAAAAUUAAAGAUCAUUGAUCGAGAAGAGAAUUGUGUGAUUAUCAAAUAUAGUCGAUUAAACUUGAUUUAUAUAUUCGUGCGAUAGGAUUGUUCUAUCCAAAUUUGAUCAUUCGAAAGGAUGUAAAGAAAACGAUAUUUUUUCAAGAAUAAGAGAAGAAAAAGGAGAAUAUGGCUAACUCUUCAUUGAUAAACACCAGCUUCGAUGACGACGAAGAAAUCGAAGCUUUUAAACAUUUUUCUCGAUCAGCUACCAUGACUGCUGCCAUUUGCGCGAUAAUCUUCAGUAUUAUUGGUAUAAUAGGUAAUUUGGUGACAGUAAUCGCGCUACUGAAAUAUACCAGACUAAGACGACACGCUACAACGGCAUUCGUGAUAAGUCUUAGCGUCUCUGAUCUAAUUUUCUCAGCUGUUAAUUUACCAUUGACGGCUAGCAGAUAUUUAAACGAAGCUUGGAUCCUUGGCGAUACUCUUUGUCAGAUCUUCCCACUUUUCUUUUAUGGAAAUGUUGCUGUCUCGUUGCUGAGUAUGGUAGCGAUUACGAUCAACAGAUACGUACUUAUAUCAAGAUCGGAUAUCUACGCCGCAAUAUACACUACUAGGGGUAUUGUAUUGAUGUUGAUCGCCAUAUGGACCCUUAGUUUCUCCCUUUUGAUACCCCCUUUGGUAGGCAUCUGGGGUACACUUGGAUUAGAUCCAACGACCUUUUCUUGUACGAUUUUGAAGAAAAACGAUUCUAGUCCAAAAAAGGUGCUCUUUGUCAUAGGCUUUAUCGUACCUUGCGUAGUGAUCAGCGUUUCUUAUUUUUGUAUUUACUGGCGCGUAAGAAAGAGUCGAAAGAACUUGGAAGCUCAUGCUCCUGGAGGAAGAAGAAAAGCCGGUGGUGGAUUUCAAAGGAGAGAAGACUCCAGAGUUACCAGACUUAUGUUGAUUAUAUUUUUGUGUUUUUUAACUUGUUUUAUGCCGCUUAUGUUAGUCAACGUAAUUGACGAAAAAAUUAGCAUUCCAACGGUGCACGUGAUUGCUUCGAUAUUAGCUUGGGCAUCUUCUGUUAUAAAUCCUUUUAUUUACGCUGGUACCAACAAAUUGUAUAGAGAAGCUUACAAACAAAUCUUAUGUCCUGGCUCGAACAGAAUACCAACGACUAGCCCGAAACCAACACACUCGCACUCGAGUAAAAUCUCGUCACCCCCGUUAACGUGACUAACGUAAAUUUGAAUCUGUACAUUUGAAUUAAAUUCAAUCAUUCACUACGUGUCAUAUUUUUAUAAUUUUUUUAAAUUAUAAUAAUUUAAAUCAUUGCAAAGAUAUCGUGUUCUUAAUAGUUGGAUAUAUCAGCGCAAUAUUGUAAACAUCUUUUACAAUUAAAACCAAAUAAUUUUGAUACUUGUAUUAUCUUUAUUUGUACCAUACAGAUUUAUUUGUUAGAGUAUCAAGUAAUUUUGCUUUGCAUAUACAAAUAUGUAUCUUGUAUAUAAUACUAUCAAACAAAAAUACUUCGUUUUUUAUUUUUACAGUACAUUUGGAAUGUCGAGUAGAGAGUUAUAUAUAUAACUGUAUUUAUAUAUAUGUAGUAAUAUUAUUUAACUAGCGAAAUAUGGACGGAAAUUGUAGUUAUAAUUUUGUAUAAAAAAAUAUCAUUCAUAAAAAAAAAAUAAAAAUACAAUAUACAUUUGAAAUAUUGAGUGAAAUUAAAUAUCAUCUAGUCUAGAAUAUAUAAAUGGUAACUGCAUAUGGCGUAUAAAAAGCUUAAUUUACGAACACCU